AGGAGGAGGAAGAGGAGGCGGCGCCGCGCGGCGAUGGCGGCGGCGGCGGCCGCGGGCCCCUUCAGCCUCAGGGAGGUUCUGGACGCCUUCCGGAGGUGCGUGACGGAGCAGCGGGAGGUGCUGCUGGAGCCUUACCUGAGCGGCUGGCGGGGGCUCAUCCGCUUCCUGCAGAGCCUGGGCGCCGUCUUCUCCUUCAUCUCCAAGGACGCGGUGGCCAAGGUGGCCCUGCUGGAGGCUCACCGCCAGCAGCACCGCUUCGUGUCGCUGCAGUCGCUGGUGCAGCACGAGCUGGCGGCGGGGCCGGCGGCGCUGCGGGCGCGGCCCGACUCCGGCUGCCGCACGGUGCUGCGGCUGCACCGCGCCCUGCGCUGGCUGCAGCUCUUCCUGGAGGGGCUGCGCUCCGGGGAGCCGCGCACCUCCGUGCUCUGCACCGACGCCUACAACGCCUCGCUGGCCGAGCACCACCCCUGGGUGGUCCGCAAGGCGGCCACCGUGGCUUUCUGCGCGCUGCCGUCCCGCGAUGCCUUCCUGGAGAUCAUGAACGUGGGCUCGGCCGAGGAGGCCGUGGCCAUGCUGGGGGAGGCCAUCCCCUACAUCGGCGACGUGUACGGCAUCACCCAGGAGCUCUUCGCCGAGCACAAGCUGCUCGACCUGCCCUGACGGCUCAAAAUGACAGUUUUGCACAAAACGAGCCUUUGUCCGUGGUUAUUUCCACUUUUCCGUUGCAGCCUGGAGCUGAGGAGUUGGCCAAACGAUUCCACUUUAUAAACGUGGACCACCGGUUCUUUUUUACACGUGUCAGUUUGUGUGUAGAGCUCUGCAGUACAAAAAGAAUUCCACAUUAGGAUGGGCUGCUAAGGGUUGAUUUUUUUUAUUCCCAGUUUUCAGCAUCAUCUUUGUGCAGCACAACCUGCCCUGAUGGCUGAAAAUGACAUUUUUGCACAAGUUUCUGGUUCUCUGUCCAUGGUUAUUUCCACUUUUUCUUUGCAGCCCAGAGCUGAGCAGUUGGACAAACUAUUCCACUUUAUAAAUGUGGAUUGGUUCUUUACUUACAUCUCUACAGUUAGAAAAAAAAUCCACAUUAGGAUGGGCUGCUAAGGGGUUGAUUUUUUUUUUUUUUAUUCCAAGUUUUCAGCAUCACCCAGGACCUCUUUGUGCAGCACAACCUGCCCUAAUGGCUGAAAAUAAUAUUUUUGCACAGGCACAAGCCUCUCUGGUUCAUUCUCCAUUUAUUAUUUGGUUAUUUCCACUUUUUCUUUCCAGCCUGGAGCUGACGAGUUGGCCAAGUUAUUCCACUUUAUAAACAUGGAAUAGUUUUUCUUUUUACACUUUUUUUUUUACAUCUGUACAGUCAGAAAAUAAAAUCCACAUUAGGACGAGCUCUACAGUUAGAAAGAAAACCCUUCCCAUUAGGAUUAGCUGCUAAGAGAUUUAUUUUUGGAUGGGAGAGAAAAAAGUUCCUGGAGCAGGGAUCCACCCAGCAGCACCAUCCCUGUUAAAUCCACGAUUUUUGCACUUGGGAUGUGCAGCAAAAUUUCAUUUAUGCUGCACAAUCCCCUCUGUCCAACCAAGCCUGGAGCUGUUUGCUUCCCAGUUGCGUUGCUGUGUUUUUAUUUUUAAUUUUAUCAAUGUGUUAAAUGCCUACAAAAAGGAUUUUUCUGCCUCUCUGAGGGGAAAAUCCACACUUGUACUGUAAAUCUCAGAUUUUGGAGGAAGAGCCAAAGGAUGUCAGACGGGAUUUGCUGGGGGAAUUUACUGGAUUUCUUUUUUGGGAAGCUGGAAAAGCACUGCAGGGUCAGCCCAGGAUUGCAGGGAAAUCCUGGAGGCUGCUUGUUUUUUUGUUUUUAUUUUUUGCCUGCUGGAACACUGAAAAAUUCAGGCUAUCACUAUUACCUCAUGGAGACUGGACUCACUGGACAUUAAAUGAUGUGAAAAAUGUGA